CACUUCACUGCAGUUUCAAGUCGCGCGGGACGAACAGUGUAUUACAAAUUCCGUAUUUUGUGUGGAAAACCGUGUAACUAAACGGUCUACAAAAUGGCAAAAGAAAGAAUCCAUGUUAACUUAGUCAUAAUUGGCCAUGUGGACAGUGGAAAGUCCACGACCACCGGUCACCUUGUCUACAAAUGUGGAGGGGUGGACCACAGAACAAUCGAGAAGUAUGAGAAGGCAGCAUCCCAGAUGGGAAAGGGUUCUUUCAAGUAUGCCUGGGUUCUGGACAAGCUAAAAGCAGAGAGGGAACGUGGCAUUACAAUUGAUAUUUCACUGUUGAAGUUCAACACUCAGAAGUACACAUUUACCAUAAUUGAUGCACCUGGCCAUCGUGACUUCAUCAAGAACAUGAUCACAGGGACCUCACAGGCUGACGCUGCUCUACUGGUUGUCUCAGCUGCCAAGGGUGAAUUUGAGGCUGGCAUAUCUCGCAAUGGUCAGACAAGAGAGCAUGCUUUGCUGGCUUACACCCUUGGGGUCAAACAGCUCAUGGUUUGCAUCAACAAAAUGGACUUGACCGAACCACCAUUCAGCCAGAAACGUUACGAUGAGGUUGUCAAGAACGUCUCUGUCUUCAUCAGGAAGAUUGGCUUUGACAUUAGUGCGGUGCCUUUCAUACCAGUGUCUGGUUGGCUUGGGGAGAACAUGAUCGCUCCAUCUCAGAGGAUGCAAUGGUUCAAGGGAUGGAAACUGAAAAGGAAAGAAGGCUACUCAAAUGGCCGGACCCUGUUGGAGGUCCUUGAUUCCCUGCUUCCUCCAGUACGCAAUGCGAGCAAGCCACUGCGCCUACCACUUCAAGAUGUCUAUAAGAUUGGUGGUGUUGGCACAGUGCCUGUGGGUAAAAUUGAGACUGGGAUCUUGAAGCCAGGGAUGGUCCUGACCUUCUCCCCAGCCAAGUUGACCGCAGAGGUCAAAUCCAUCGAGAUGCAUCACCAGGGCCUUCAGACUGCCUUCCCUGGCCACAAUGUGGGCUUCAACAUUAAGAAUGUAGCUGUGAAGAAUCUACGAAGAGGUGACGUAGCGGGGAAUGCACAGCAGGACCCGCCAUCAGAUGUCAAUAGUUUCAUUGCUCAGAUAAUCAUGCUGAACCACCCAGGUAGAAUUAAGGUUGGUUACUCCCCUGUACUCGACUGCCAUACAACCCAUGUUUCCUGUCGCUUUGCUGAGCUGCAAGAGAAGCUGGAUCGGCGUACAGGGCGGAAACUAGAGGACUGGCCCCAGUACUUGAUGUCAGGAGAUGCCGCCACAGUCAAACUUGUCCCCAAUAAGCCCCUCUGUGUGGAGAGCUUCUUCAGUUAUCCACCUUUAGGUCGAUUUGCAGCAAGGGAUUUGAAACAGACUGUUGCUGUUGGGGUCAUUAAAUCUGUGGAGAAGGUGGACCAAACAAAAAGGCCGCCACAAAAAGCUCAAGUGUCAAAAUGAGGUUAUCAUUUGUCUCUUUUUAAUUUCUUUACCAGCAGUCUGGUAUGUAAACCAAAAAGGUUCUAUUUAAGUUGAACUGUUUUUGUAUACUUAUGACAUGGUACUUUAUGUUGACCAAAAAAAAGCUGCUGCUUUUUAAAUUGAGUUAUUGUGUAAUGGGUUGCUCUGACUCUGGGUCCUGUUUGACAUUUAACCAUUAAGAGUUUGUACU